AGAAUAAGAAGAAGAAAGAUUGAGAGAGUUAUAGAGAGAAUAGAGAAGCUGCAGAAUCCUGAAUCCGAAUCCGUGUCCGUGUUUUGCGGAACAUGCAGAAAGCGUCUCAGUCCUUUCUGCUGCAGUGGAGGACUAACACACGCACACACUCAUACACACCAUACACCAGUCCCCUCUCCUGUCCAGUCCUCCGCUUCACACACACAUCAGAGGGACUGAAAAAGGGGGAAUACGCAAAAAAAGGAAACCCAACUGGUAGAGGAGCAGGAAGAUUUUUUCCCCCAUGGGACUGGAUUUGGCUCAUAUCUACAUGUGUGUGUCCUCCUCCUGUUUUUCACUGUCAUGAUGAGAAGAAGCAUGAGUGUGUACCAAUGACUCCGACACACGCACGGAUUCCCAGACCCCCCAUCUUCCCCUUGGUCACCUUCCCGAAACUUCAAUGAGGACAGAAACCUGCCUCGAACUGGGAACAUGAAGGGCUUAUCGGGCAGCCGUGGCCAGCAUCAUCAGCUCCCCUUGCCUCACUCCCCGUGUGGCCUGGUGGAGUUUGAUCGACCUCAUGACAUUCAUGGCGUUCACUCAUCUGACAUCCGUCAUACGUACCUGCUCAGCCCCACAGACAGCUGUGCCAUGGACUACCAGCACCACCAGCGCUACUCACCUCGUAGCUCCAUUCACUCCGAUUGCAUGAUGCUUUCACCAACAGUGCUGCAACCCACUGGCACUGCUGACCACAUAUCCAGCAGCACAUUUCCCAGAAUGCACUACGGUUCCCAGUACUAUGACUCAGCCUCCCGAGACGACUGUGCAACCAUCACCACGUCGGCCACUUCUGCUGCUGCUGUCUCAUCAUUUGCCUCUCAUCAUGCUGUUAGCAAGAGCAAUCGCAUCCCUGCCAACCUCCUGGAUCGCUUUGAGAAGCAGCUUCCAGUGCACCGGGAUGGUUUCCACACAUUGCAGUACCAGCGUGCUUCUGCUUCCGAGCAGCGCAGCGAGAGUCCUGGGCGUAUUCGCCACUUGGUGCACUCUGUCCAGAAACUCUUCACCAAAUCCCACUCCCUGGAGGGCUCAUCCAAGAUGAAUGGUGCUAAAGGAGAUGGUGGUGCCCAUCACCACCAUAGUGGCCACCACUCAUCCAAACAUGGGAUCAAACACAGCAAGAGCAAGGAACGCAAACAUCGUACGGGCAGCUGGUGGAGCUCUGACGAUAACCUGGACAGCGACAGCACUUUCCGCACUCCUGGUGGUAUGAGCCGGCAUCACGCAGGCCAUUGUGUCUCUGAGUCUGUACGCCCUCACUUUGGUGACCACUCCCUCAAAACCUCCAGGAGCAGCAAUGAUGUCAAGUGCUCAGCUUGCGAGAGCCUUGCUAUGCCACCAGAAGGAAAGUUCAUGAAAAGGAGCUCCUGGUCCACGCUCACUGUCAGCCAGGCCAAAGAAGCAUACAGAAAGUCCUCCCUCAACCUGGACAAGUCCACAGUCCAUCACGAUCUAAAGUCCUCGCUACGUGCCAGUCACUAUCUGCAGGUGCCUCAGGAUGAGUGGAGCGGUUACCCUGGAAUCGAGAAGGACGAGGAGAUCCCAUGUCGCCGGAUGCGCAGCAGCAGUUACGUGAAAGCCAUGGGGGAUGAUGAGAGUGGUGACUCAGACACCAGUCCCAAAAUGUCGCCUCAAAAAGCUGUCCGUCCAGAUGCUCUCGUUCUCAAAUCCUCCAUUCACAGACCUCAUAUAGACAGCCAAAGAUAUACUGCAUCAUCACAUUGCUUCAGUCCAUGGCUAUGUCUGAAAACUCUUUCUGAGAUUAUGAAAGCUAACUACGGAACUAGCCAAGGCUACCACUUGCAAACAUCGAGAGAUUUGCGCUCCCAUCCCGGUGUGUCUCUGGACCCAGCGACCUCCUACCACCCUCCUCAAUACCGUUCUCGCAACCAGAGCUACAUGCGUGCGGUCAGCACCCUCAGUCAGGCAAGCUGCCUCAGCCAGGUGAGUGAGACUGAGGUCAAUGGCCAGUAUGAGUCAGUUUGCGAGUCCGUUUUUAGUGAAGUAGAGUCCCAGGCCAUGGAGGCCCUGGACCUUCCUGGCACUUUCCGCACUCGAAGCCACAGUUACCUGCGUGCAAUUCAGGCUGGGUAUUCCCAAGAUGACGACUGCUUGCCUUCAAUGACAUCCUCCACUGUCACUUCAACUCUCAGAUCCACAACAGGGAUCCAGUUUCGCCUGCCUACUGCCUGUAAUGUUGAACGAACGCAGGAACCGACGCCAGAAACAGCAGUGACGUUUACUCCAAGCUAUAAGAAAACACCCCCUCCUGUUCCUCCACGCAGCGUAACAAAGCCGCUGAUCUCGGUCACCGCUCAGAGCAGCACAGAGUCCAUGCAGGAUGCAUAUCACGAAGGCCGUUUACCCCGUUUGCCCCGCAGCAGGGAUGCCUGGGGGAAAUAUGUCUCCACAGAGAGUUUGGACAGCUCCAAGGCACUCACGCUGGCCACAGAGGGCAGACGGCUGGUAUCCACAGGCAGCUAUACGUCAGUACAGACCUGUGAUAAGGCCAUUCUUGUGUCGAAAGCAGAGGAAUACCUUAAAACACCACGUUCAUCUGUAGGAAUACAGGUGGAAGCAGUCACAGACUCAGAAGCAGAGAGUAAAGGUCUGCCAAAGUAUCAGUCAGUGGGCAUCCAGGUGGAGGGAGAGAAACGUCAUGGACGUUUUAAGCGCUCAAACAGUGUGACAGCAGCAGUGCAGGCCGAUGUGGAACAUGAGCUUUUCCGAUCAGUGGAGGAUAAGGUAGUGCAGUUUGGUGGCUUUCAGAGGCACUCGGAGCCAAGCUCUCCUGCACAAUACAGCGCCACACGCACGGUGCGCACACAGGGCAUCUUCACCUACCGAGAUGAUUACCGAGCUCCAAGCGGGCCACCGAGCCCACAUGCUGCAGCCUGGGUUGAGGAAACAGAAGAAACAGAAACAGGACAGGUGUCACAAGUGCGUGCUGAUGGCAGCUGGUACAUGCAACUUCUGCACAAUGAGACCAAACGCAUGGAGGCCUGGUGUAAAGAGAUGGAGCGUGAGGCUGAGGAGCAUGAGCUGUCUGAAGAAAUUUUAGGAAAAAUCCGGAGUGCUGUUGGAAGUGCACAACUCCUCAUGUCACAGAAAUUUCAGCAGUUUUACUGGCUGUGUGAGCAAAACCUGGACCCGAGUGCAAUGCCCCGACCCACGGCUCAGGAUCUGGCCGGAUUCUGGGAUCUGCUGCAGCUCUCCAUCGACGACGUCACAGCCAAGUUUGAUGAGUUGCAGAAGAUGAAGAGAAAUGAGUGGAGAACUGUGGAGGAACCAGAAGAGAAGGAGAGGAAGUGGCCUCCUCCCACAGUGAAAAGGCCGCCUAAAGGACGUGGCCCUGGAUUGACACGUGACCGAUCUCUGGAUCUGCAGGACCGACAGAGGCAGGAGGCUCGACGCAGGCUAAUGGCCGCCAAACGAGCUGCUUCAUUUCGCCAAAGCUCAGUCUCGGAGAGGGCGGAUAGUAUAGAGAUUUAUAUACCAGAAGCCCAGACGCGACUAUGAAAUGCACGAUUACUCAUCCUGUCACCUGCACGUGCUGCUAUUACACACCCUGUUUACACAGGUUCACUCCCAAGCACCCUUAAUUACUCUUAAACACAUUCCUGAGCUCUUUAAGUGCACAUGUGUAAUCUUGAACAUGUUUCUCCACUAAUCAAGAGUUGUCUUCAAUUUAUAAGUGUCUGAAACUCUUCUAGUUUCUCCGUAUAGUGCACUUCAUUGGAAGUGUGUUAUUUUGUAGUUAUGUCUAAAUGCACAGGGGAGAAAAUCCAGUGCUUUUCCAGAAUGUACUACAAUAGGGAGUGUCUAAACCAAUGUUAAGUAUGUGCUGCCUUUAGAUACUUGUCUACUGGUUUUAUUUCCCACAAGCAAAGUCAUAAAAUGUGCUAUCGAUCACUAGCUAGUUGCUGAUCCUAAAUUUUAGAUAUUUAAAAAUAAUGAAAAAGUUCUUGGAGGGUUAAUAGUCAUUUCAAUUACCGCUAAAGUACAGUGCAUGUAGAAAGCAUUCAGACCACUUAAUUUUUUUUUUUAUGUUGUAGCCUUAUGCUAAAAUGUUAAAUAUUUUUUCCCGCAUCAUUAUAAACUCCAUUGUGAUAUUUAUGAAAAUACUGAAAUAUCACAUUGACAUGUAUCCAGACCCUUGGCAUUGACACUACAUUGGUCCUGUGGCAAAUUCAUGUGAUUGAACAUGAUUAGGCACACCUGUCUAUAUAAGGUCUAUCAGCUAAAAUUGCAUAUCAGGGCAAAAACAAGUUAUAAGGUCAAAAGAACUGCCUACAGAGCUCAGAGGUAAGAGAGAAAAGAGGUGACCAAGAACUUGAUAAUCCCUCUGACUAAGCUCCAGACACCAUGUGUAGGGAUUGGAGAAACUUGCAGAAGAUCUACCAUUACUGUAACGCUCCAUUCACCAAUCUGGACUUUAUGGCAGUGGCCAGACAGAAACUUUUCCUCGCUGCAAGACACAGCCUGGUUAGAAUUUAGCCUAAAGUCUAAGUCUGUGAGAAAAAAAUACAGGGUGUAAAUACUUUCUGAAUGCACUGUAUGCUGUUUUUUUUUUUGAAAAUCUGUAUAAAAAUGAUUUAUUGAGCUUGCAGUUGUAAUUGACACUUUAUGCAAGGCUCAUGGUUGGUUCAUGAUGAAUUAUAAAUGCGGAAAAGGCAAAACAGCUAUGAUAUCAUCGAAUACUGCUAUACAGUAACACUAUACUUAUACUCUGUUUAAACAAUACUGUAAAGGGUGCUACACUGCUAGGUUUGUAAAGCCAGAGGUCACUUAAUGCACUUAAAACUGCACUCACACAGCACUAGGGUUCAUCGGGAAGUAGUCUAGGAUCACAUCGUACAAAUGAUUUCUGUUCGCACCGAGGAUCGAUUCAGAGGAUAUAAACACUGCAUAUGUACAUGUAAGUGUCCUUAUCCUGUUUAGUGUCUUUAAAAAAAAUUAGUUCAUCUCUACUGUGAUUAUGGUAAGUGUAUCAAACAUCAUGACCCUGCAUUUGGUCACCUGAGUUUUUAUUUAAAUGCAAUGAAGUAGAAUUGUUCUUAUUAACACAUUUAACAGACAUUGCCUUUAAGGGCACAGUUUGUCCAUUGUGAUACUGCAACUGAAUUCCCAGGUACAUUAAAAUUAAACUCUAAUAAAGACUCAUAGGUUUAAAAAUAGAGAAUGGGCAUGAAUCAGUGUGGAAGAAUAUAUAAUGUGUUUUAUAUACUGUAUAUAAUAUUGGAGUACUAGAAAUGAGCAAACUUCUCAGUCAAGUGGAGAAAUGUCUUCAAGAUUAUACAACUCGAGUUGCUUUGACUCAUAACAUUUUAAAACUGUCCUAGAUGGCUGAAAACCUGCAAACAAUUGCAAAAAAGAACAAAAAAAAAAUACAAAUAAACUCAGAAUGGCAGCCUCUCAUAGAUUCAACUUUAAGAUUAAUCAAAGUUGGUCAUGGACUGAUAAGCAUAAAAGGUCAGUUUGUGCUUUCUAAGACAUACAGGGUGAGAAAUCUUACUAACCUCAUCUGCAGUGUGUGUCUCUACAGCUAAAGCAGCGGUUCAGCUAAUGGACGUGGUAAAGAAUGUAACGUUGGGGGAAAAAUGUCACUUGUUUUGUUGGACAGCUGAGUGAGGGAACCUUUUACAUAAAUCAUCUCAAUUUGAAACAGUGCUCUAUUUAUCCUUUUACAAACUCUACAUACUAAAUAAAAAGAGAAUAUAAUCAGAUUUUAUAUUAUAUUAUAGUAUAGUAUAUUACACAAUGCAUUUUUUGCACCUCAAAUGAAUCCUGUAUGUAUUUCCAAGGGAAAUGUUGUUGACACUCACACGAUUAAUGUUGCAGUUGAAUUGCAAACAGAAGGAUGCGGCUUUACGGAUUCAUGCUGACGGACAUAAAAACCCCUGCAGAUAUACACAUACAAGGAUGAAAAUGAUGUGAAACAAGAUUUUGUUUUCAUUUGCAUUAUGUGCAAUGCUCCUCUUCCUCAAGGUCUUACCAUUUCUGAUGUAGUCUAAUGGACAUACAGGUACAAAGAGACACUUGAAUAAUAUUCAACUAAUGUCUAUGGUGCUGCUUUAUACUCUGAAAUAAAUUUCCUCACCCGGCCCUUAUGAUCUGCACAACACCAUCAUCAAGCUACGGAGUUUUUAAUAGAGAUAUUGACAUGCUUCUGAUUAAGCAUGUUUGGUGCAAACCCGCGUGCUGAGCCCUCUGUCGCCUUUAAUUUAAAUAAAAAGAAAGACACCCUGGAAAUAGGCAAAAAAUAUUUAUAAACAUAUGAUCUUAAAUUUUUAAGGGCAUUCAUGACCAGGUAUGUGCCGAUAACUGUGCACAGGGUGGUUACUUUGUAUUUCCCUAAAAAAAUUAAAAAAAAAAAAAAAAAAAAAGAAAGGAAAAAAAAAAAGAAGUCAGCUAGUUUACUUCCAGACUAUAGUCGAUGUUGCUAUAGCAGCCAUUACUUCAGUUCUACACAAGAUUUGGUAUUGAUUUCAAUUGCAUGACCAUAUACAUGAAGCUAUAAAUCUGAGCAUUACUGUAUGUGUCUCUCUUCAUCUUUGAUAGGUGCUAUGAGGAAUCAUUUAGCAUUCGAGCUAAUCAAUCUUAGCUAGUUAGCUAGCUAGCUGGGGUAACUAGCUAAGUGGCACUGUGGUGAAUACAUACUACGAAUGCUGGCUAUCAUCUAACAUUGGAUUGUAAUAUUUAAACAACAUUUCAACUUAAAACUAGUUUGAAGUCAUGGUUUGCAGUACUGCAUCUCUCAGACUUUACUUUUUUGCGUUGUUGCCGUGUUUACAUCCGUGGUUAACGAAAACCUUAAUGCUUACUGGAUGAAUUUGUGGAUGGAUCUUUAAAUGUUUCACACAUAUAACCAACUGGUUGUAUGAUAUAUUGCAAUAUUUAACAAGCACAAUAUUAUAACCGUGCAUGCUUUAAAAAUAUUGCUGCUAUCCAUGUGGUCCGUUCGGGAAGAGGCUGCCUAACUAGGCAGAGAUGAAGGCUAUAUAAUAGCAUAAAUAGGCAUCAUAUGUACAGUAUUUGCUUCUAGUUGAGAUCAGUACUGUCAAAUCUAUCAUGACAAUACAAUGUUACAGUAUGACUGUAAGCUAUUACAAAAAUGCAAGGGAACAAUUAAACAGAACUAUAUCCGCCCAUGCCUCGUCAUGACAUCCCUACAUUCCUGAUUUCUGACUAAGGCCAAGUUCACACAGACAUUUUGGUAAAAAUCAACAUUUACGGUGCUGGUCUGCUAAAGACAUGGUUGUUGGAGGAGAUCCAUGAUUUCCCCCCACAUGAGAAGGUGACUCUUUUAAACAUGGAACACUGAUCCAGAGUCUAACUGACAUAAGUGUCCACUUAUACAAAAAUGUCCCUGUGAGCACAGCCUAAUUUUUUUCCCCUCAUUCUUUCAUAUCAGUAUAUCAGUUAUCAGUAUUUGAUAUGGAAAUUUCCUGGAAUUGUUGUAUGUUGCUGACUAAUUCAUGCACUGAAGACGAAUGAUGGUAAAGAACGUUUACAUGUUUUUGCCUGUUUUAUGUGUUAUUUUUUUUAUAUAAUAUUUUUUUAAGUUAAAUCAGAUUUUUGCAUAUUAGCAUAUUAGUCAGCAAGCUGUUGUUCAUCACACACAUUGAUAUUUAUAUCACAUUCUUACCCCAGUAUAUUGAAUCUGUAUUAAGGGUGCAGUGGAAGUAAAUACCCCCAUUUUUGGCAAAUGAAUCAAUUUGAGGCUUCUGCUUUAUUGAAUCAGUUUGUGAAUGUGGUGGCUUAUUGCGUAAUAGUAUCUACGGAAGGUCAUAAAUCCUCACACUCAAACUAAUAUAGAUAUAUUUACAGUUAAACACCUCUGAAGAGAGAAAUUCGAAAGACACUGGUAUAUAAUAUUUAAAAACAUUUACUCACAGUCAUAUAUUCACUCAUUCUAUUUGAAAGCGUCAAUGUGUAACUUUUCUGUUAAUAAUAUUAUUAUUAUUAAUAUUAUUAUUAUUAUUAUAUUGUUGUGAUUUCUUGCUAUGAGUGGCCUUGAAAACCUAAUUAAAAGCGACAGCUUGCUCAAAACUUUCACUUUAAGUCGUCACGACCCAACCUUUAGGUCUAUGAACAUUUGAAUGUCAAAGAAAAUAAGGAUAACAUGCAAGUUGCUUUCAGUAAUAUGCUUUUUUUUAACAAGAGGUGUUCAAACCCCCCCUCCAUUACUUACUUCAGCUUUAAUUGCUCUAUUAAUUGAAAUUGAUUUAAAUUUCUCUUUUUAGCUGAAUUCGUUACAUUUAAUUAAGUUCAGCUGUGUGUCAGAUUAAAUAAUUACUACACAAUUUCCAGGUUCUUGAUUUGUUCCUGCUAAUUUAUCUUAAAGAACAAAUAAUUAACGAAUUCAUUUACAUAAUUCUGUAUAGGCUGAUAUUAUUAUGGUAUACCGUUCAUUUUAAACUUGUAGCUAAAGUGCAUAUGUCUGGGAGGUGCACAAAGACACAGCAUGUGAUGUUUCUCAUUUUGAGGUUGAUAAACAUCUCAUAAUAAGCCUUUUGUUGAAGAUGCAGACCAUCAGUGCACCGUAAAGGACUUCUUACCCAUAAUUCCUUGAGAUAUUGACCAGUCAUAACAAAAGAGGAGUGAAUAGAGAGUGUGCUUCAUGGCUGAAACAGAUGUUCAAAUGUGUCAUUGUUGUUUUUAUAUUCAGUUUAGUUUUAUCUAUAUCAUCUGAGACUUGCCUCAACUCGUGUCAAGUUUCUCACAAAAUUUCUUUUAUGACAUUGUAUGAUAGCGAUCUAUAAACAAAAAGAACAAAAAGUCUAAAGAAACAUAUAGAAGAGGACAGUCAGGCCAGUUUACCUCCUAACUAGUGGAGUCCCUAUCCGAGUGCCAACAGCUCACUUCUGUCCUGCUGCAGGUUGCUGAAAAUGAUGAAGUUCCCUCACAUUUUGUGAAAUAUGCUUCCUGCUUUGCUCUGGACAUUAUGCAGUAAUUUGGGCAAGCCUGUGUGUGUCCUUAGCAUUACUGUUUUCACCAUAACAAUUUUAUACAAACAUUUAAAAGACGUUUUUGUGUGCUCCUUAGCUUCUUCAAAGCCCUUUGUCUGCUCCUUUAUACAAUGAGAGAGGCAAAGUAGACCACAUUAGGUGGUCUACAUGAGGUGACGAAGGCCACUCGGAAAGGAGAUCAACACACAGGAAACCCCACUAGUUUCAGAAGGAAACCGGUUUGCUGCUCCGGACCAUAAGGAAGUAGAUGUGGAAUCACUUUAUUUUGGUGUCAUUCCAGGUGUAGAAGGUAAAAAAAAAAAUGUAGACACUACACAUUCAUUUAAACUGGUUGAAUUCCAUUUUUUAUGGUAUAGUAGCUGGUUUAGGUGCUGUUAUCUACAUAUGCUGUAUAAUGAUGCAUAACAAUAAGGUUUUCACUAACUGCUCUAACUGGUGCUCAGUAUGUCAUACAGAUAUAUUUUAUUUGUAAUUCAUUUACUAUUUGUAGUAUUUUAGCUCCUUCUAACUUACAGUGGUAAUUUAACCAUAGCUAUAUGGCUCAUAUAUAUAUAAAUUACUGAAAAUGCACACUAGCUCCCCAAAUCCAAUCUUCCCAUUCAAGAGAAAAUGAAUUCAGCUCAAUAUAUCACUUAUCUGUUUGCAGGCAGUAACAUGCAUUACAGUUA